GUAGCCGGUGACAAAACAACUCGACUAUAGCAGCACAAGGAACAUCCACCCGGCGAAGUACCCGCAUACUCACUAGAUUUUUGGAUAUAUACGUGAAGCAGCAGCAGCAGAGCAUGCUCGUAUGCGUUCCGUUAAGGGGAAUUUCCCGGCUUACGUACCGUCUCUGCUUCCCCCCUUUCCUUCUCCCUUCACCUCAACCUCUUAAUUCCCCUUAAUCAUCUUCCCCGGCCGGCCGGCGAUGACUUGGACGGCGGCCACCACCGCUGCUGCCUCGGCAGCACCCUCCUCGCUGCUCCCGCCGCGGCUCCGCCUCCUCCUCCUCCCCGCCGCAGGUGCGUGCAAACUGCGAUGGAUCGCCGCGGCGCCGAAGGCCCAGAAGAGGGGGAGAAGCCACGCAUUGUCCCGCCACAGCACCGCCGCUCCUGCAGAUUACGGCAGCGGGUUGAUACGGAACGCAUUGCCGCUUCUUCAAUUGCCGGAGCAAGAAGAUGAAUUCUUGGAGGAGGAGGAGGGGACGAUAUGGGGGAUGGUGCAAGAGGUGAAGGCGAUGCUGCGGUCGAUGGGCGACGGCGAGAUCAGCAUCUCUGCUUACGACACGGCGUGGGUGGCGCUGGUGCGGGACCCGGAGGGAGAAGGCCGGCGGUCAUUGUUCCCGGCGAGCCUCCGGUGGAUCGCGGACAACCAGCUCGGCGACGGCUCGUGGGGCAACGCCGCCGUCUUCUCUGCCCACGACCGGCUGAUCAGCACGCUGGCCUGCGCCGUCGCGCUCGCCUCCUGGAAUCUCCACCCCGACAAGUGCCGCAGAGGGGUGGAGUACGUGCGGGAGAACAUGUGGAGGCUGGGAGAGGAGGCGGCGGAGCACAUGCCGAUUGGAUUCGAGGUGGCUUUCCCUUCACUGCUGGACCUGGCCAAGGAGCUGGGACUGGAGAUUCCCUACUCGCAUCCUUGUUUGCAGGGCAUAACCGCCAUGAGAGACCUUAAAAUGGAGAGGAUUCCGAAACAAGUGCUACACGAGGUGCCAACCACGCUGCUACAUAGCCUGGAAGGAAUGGUUGGCCUGGACUGGGAGAAGCUUCUCCGUCUACAGUGUCAAGAUGGCUCCUUCCUCUUCUCGCCGUCCUCCACUGCGUACGCGCUGAUGCAGACGGGCGACGGCAAUUGCCUCAAAUAUCUCCAUCGACUCGUCCGUAGAUUCGGGGGAGGAGUGCCGAACGUCUACCCUGUGGAUCUCUUCGAGCGCCUGUGGGCGGUGGAUCGCCUGCAGCGCCUGGGAAUCGCCGGCUACUUCUCGCCGGAGAUCAAAGACUGCCUCGAUUACGUGCAUAGGUACUGGACGGAGGAUGGCAUUUGUUGGGCCAAGGAAUCGAGGGUCUUCGACAUCGACGACACGUCGAUGGGGUUCCGGCUGCUGCGGCUGCACGGUUAUCCGGUCUCCCCCGGCGUGCUGCGGCAAUUCGAGAAGGAUGGCGAGUUCGUGUGCUUCGCAGGGCAGUCGAACCAGGCGGUGACGGGGAUGUUUAACCUGAACCGGGCCGCGCAGGUGGCCUUCCCCGGGGAAGAGAUACUGGAGCGAGCCAAGAGCUUCUCUUAUGCCUUUCUGCGAGAGAAACAAGCUGCGCACCAACUGCUCGACAAAUGGAUCAUCACCAAGGAUUUGCCUGGGGAGGUAGAGUAUGCUCUGGAUUUCCCCUGGUAUGCCAGCCUGCCGCGCGUCGAGGCAAGGUUCUACUUGGAGCAGUAUGGAGGAGGAAGUGAUAUUUGGAUUGGCAAGACUCUGUACAAGAUGCCUCUGGUAAACAAUGAUGUGUAUUUGGAGUUGGCUAAGUUGGACUUCAACCAUUGCCAAGCUCUCCAUCAGUUGGAGUGGCUCCAUCUCCAAAAGUGGUACGAGGAGGCGGGCCUUCAGUGGCACGGUGUGAGCAGAAGAGCCCUGUUGGAGGACUACUUCUUGGCAGCUGCUUGCAUAUUUGAACCUGAACGGGCGACCGAGAGGUUGGGUUGGGUUCGGACUAUGGUUCUCUCGAAGGCUGUCUCAUCCUACUUGAGUGAUAACUCAUGCACUGAAACAAGUAGGCAAGCAUUGAUACUGAAUUUCCUUGAUGACGAAAACUACUGCAGCAAUGGGCAUGGCAUUAGCAGGGCGAAAGUGAGGAGAAAGGGGGAGCAUUUGGCAGAGUUGCUUCACCAGCUAGUUGAUGGACUUGUGGCAUUGGCUGCAAACUCCCAUCAACAGCGAAUGCGCCACUACUUACAUGAAGCUUGGAAAGUGUGGUUCUCGAUCUGGAAGUGUGAGGAGGAAAACAUCGGGUUGCUUCUAGUGACAACCAUCGAAGCUUGUGGAGGGAGAUUCAAUUUGACUUCAGCUCAACCACAAUACGACGAGCUUGCUCACCUCCUAUCAUCCAUUUGUGCUCUACUUUUGCCAAGAAAGCUCAUCAAAGAGGACAUGAACAAGGAAACAAUAGACGAGAAGAUGCAGGAGCUAGCUCAGUGUGUGCUCCGGAGCGCUACUCCGGACGAUCAAGGCCUCGACUUCCACCAAACCAAGCAAACAUUUCUUCUCGUGGCGAAGGGCUUUUACUACACUGCUCAUUGCCCGGAGGAUGUCCUCAACAGCCACAUCACCAAGGUCCUCUUCCAACCUGUGGAUAAAUAGUUAAAACUUAGUUGUGUUUGAAGACGUAAGCUUGCUUCAUCAAUAGCAAAUGCACAUAAAUGAAUGUCGAUAACUCGGAUAAGUUUUCAUGUUGCGAAAUAGAAAUAGAGAAAGGGAAAAAGAAGAUAGAGAGUGACCCACCAAAGUUGGGGGAAGGCCACUCCUCCAUUAGAUGUUGUUGCCAGGCAGCUUCAAAUGGCAGACAGUUUACAUGAUAAAGAGAACGAUGGAGAUACUCCCACUGACUUGAUGGAUGAGUAUAGUCGAUUGUGUUCCUUAUAAUUUUUGAAUUAGUUGUGCAUUAUUGACUUAAUAAUUCGUGGCCCAUAUCGCGGUAGUUCUCACCGAAUUGCCCGUCUGUCCUCGUGCGGUGUGGCCAUGAAAUCCAACUCAAUCUUGAUCGAGGAAGAAAA